AUGCGUUUGCUGCCGAGCGACCAUGUCCUUGACACGCAGACGCAUGGUCGUCUGAACUACCCCACGCUCUUCACCACUUCUUCAUUGCAUGGCAAGCCCAUGCUCGGUCGCCACCUCUUCGCGAAACGUUGCAUCUCUCCUCGACCCCGACAAUUCACAUACGUCCGAUUUCGCUCGUCUCCCGCAAAUCAACAUAACCAGGCAAUCGUAGACCUUCUGGAGAAAUGCAAAGAGGAAGAAGAGCAGGCGUUAGAGCCGAACAACUUCAAGAUACUCGCCUUCCGGAAUGCCAUACAGACUGUCCGAGCAGUCGAAAAACCGAUUCAGAUAGGCCAUGACAUUCUCGAACUCAAAGGGAUAGGCCCUGGCAUUAUGUCCAGGAUCAACGAGUACCUCUAUGCAAAUGAAGCAUUCGACGGACAAGUAGAUUCAAGCGUACAUGAAGAGAUUGCCAAAACGAGGGCACUCACCAUGCUGCGUGACGUUCCGGGAAUUGGGCUCACAACAGCCAAAAAGCUCAUUGCCGCAGGAUGCUACUCGAUAGCGGACUUGAAGGAGCGCGACUUUUCCUCGGUCCUUACACCGAGGCAAGCUGCUAAGGUGAAAUAUAUGGGACAUCUAGAACAUCCUAUAGAGAGAAAAGACGCGGAAGACGUUUUGUCUUUUAUUCGCGAGAGUUUAGACCCUGCAUAUGACGCUGUCCUUGUGGGAGACUAUCGUAGAGGAGCUUCCUCGUUCCCAGAUAUCCAAAUUAUGAUAUCCCAUCCAGACUUUGUCCAUAUACCUCUCCCCACCGACCCUUCUCCCUUCAGUGAACUCCAGCCCCCGGAGACCAAACGACCUCGAAGACGAACGAAGAAGGAGGAAAGGCAAAAUAUGUUGCAUGCACACGUUGUACCACUGCUGCAGAAACGUGCACUCAUUGCAGAAACGUUGGGAACUGACGUUAGGUCAUGGGACGGUAUUGUUUGGCUGCCGGAGGAGCAAGGCGGCUGGGGCACACGUCAACAACGAUUAGCUGCCAUCGAGGGUGUAGAUGGGAGGUUUAGACGAAUGUCUAUAAAGUUCGUUCCUCAGAAAUCUCAAGGUUCAUCCCUCCUCGUCCUGACAGGUGACUCGGCGUUCGAGAAAGACCUCUGCUACCGAGCCAAGCAGUUGGGGAUGCUCUUUAAUGAGUACGGCUUAUGGAAGUGGAACUCUAGCGACCUAGGUGAUGCUUCCGAGUCCAACGGUUCCAACAAUUACAAUUUUGGCGCUGAGACGGAGGACGCGUUGGACAAGGGGUAUUGGUCGCUGUCCAAGUCAGCGACGGAGGAGGAUAUAUUCGCGGAGCUGGGCAUGGAUCCUGUCGACCCUACAUCGCGGAAUUUCUCGUUUUUGUCAUCGAAGUUGAGGAAAAAGCGGACUAUACACCGUUAG